AUGGUGCGUGUUCCAGCCUUAACUGGUUCGAGGAAUGCCAGGAGCUUGAAGUUUGGCUGUCGAUCUGAGGGGAUGACCUUGGCACUUGGGGCUUCGGCUUCAGGAGGGUUGAGGGUUCCUGAGGAGAAGCAGCCGGCUCAUGUCUCCACUCGGUGUUCUGCUCAAAGGCAAGCUCAUUCGUCAACUCCUAUGUACUACUUUCCUCAUCAUGGUAUUCUCAGGGAAAGUAGUGAAACAACGAAGCUGAGGGUAGUGUUCAACGGCUCCAGUAAGAUCAGCUCAGAGGUAUCUCUCAGUGACAUCCAACAUACUAGUGCCAAAAGGCAGAAGAAUAUCUCUGACGUGCUGCUCUCAUUCAGGCGGAGUAAGUACAUUUUCAUGACGGAUAUCACGAAGAUGUUCCGUCAAAUCAAGGUGCAUCGUGAGGACUGGCCUUUUCAACAGAUUCUGUGGCGAAAUUCUCAAGGUCAGAUCAACACCUACCAGCUCACCACCGUGACCUACGGGACUAAAUCGCCCCCAUUCUUAGCCUGUAGAGUUUCCAACCAACUGGUCGCGGACGAAGGAUAUCGUUUUCCUCUAGCAAUCUCUCCGUUGACCAGUGGAAGAUACGUGGAUGACAUCUGUGGUGAUGCUGAAGAGGAGAGUGAUCUUCUAGAAGUCUCCACGCAAGUGAGGGGUCUUUGCUUAUCUGGUGGUUUCCCUCUAGCAAAGUGGCAUAGCAACAGUCGGUCUCUACUCAGAUCUCUGGAUCCAGAAGGUGUCUCUCAGGAUUAUAAGCUGCUAGAGGAUUCCAUCACAAAGAUUCUUGAGCUGAAGUGGGAUCCAAACACAGACCAAUUCAAGUUCUCGAUCCACAUUCCGGCCAAUUCAAAGAUGACGAAGAGGAAUAUAUUGUCUGAGAUAGCUCAGUUGUUCGACGCUCUGGGUCUACUUUCUCCUGUGGUGAUUAGGGCAAAAGCACUUCUACAGCGUCUCUGGGUUGAGAAGCUGGACUGGGAUGAUGCGCUCUCACCACAAAUCUCAGACAAGUGGACCCAAUUCCGUAAGGAGCUGUCUUAG